AUGCGGGCGAUGGCGCGCAUCGAUGAGUGGAAACCGGUGAUCGCAAUGCUGGUCUUCGACCUCAUCUCUGCCGUGACAACGGCCCUGAUCAAGGCGGCGCUCGAGGAAGGGCUCGACCGCCUAGUGCUCAUCACGCUGCGUCAACUGGUGGCCACAGUCUUCCUUUCUCCGAUCGCAUUUUUCAAAGAACGGAACACAAGGCCUAAGCUCACACUGGAGAUCCUCGUGUACCUCUUCUUCAGCGCAGCGUUAGGCGCCGCACUCUCUCAGUAUACCUUCUUCUAUGGGUUGCAGUACACAACAGCAACAUUCGCCAUAACAUUCACCAACCUGGCUCCUGUACUGACUUUCCUCAUCGCGGUCUUGCUCAGGGUGGAGUCGCUGAACAUGAAGAACAAGGCAGGAGCUGCAAAGAUCAUCGGGACGCUCAUGUCGUUCGCGGGCGUCAUGCUCCUGACCCUCUACAAGGGUGUGGCCCUGACGCACCAAGCAGAGCCUUCAGGCCAGCAUGCAGAAGCAGCAGCUGCAGCAGCAGAAUCUGGCAAGAAGAGCUGGACCCUGGGCACCCUAGCAUUACUGGCGAACUGCCUGUGCUUCUCCUUUUGGCUCCUGCUGCAGUCCAGGCUCACCAAGAAGUACCCCGCACUCUACUCCAGCACCGCGUACAUGUUCGUCAUCAGCUCCCUGCAGGGCGGGGGCCUGACGGCAGCGAUACAGCGGCGGGCAUCGGUGUGGGUCCUCACAAAGCCAGUGGAGAUUGUCACAGUGCUAUACACAGUAAGUAAGAUCCUUUUGUUGCAGUUUAUUUUACCAAAAAAAGAGUUGAGAGAGCUCUGUAGAGAAUUGCUGAACCAAAGAACGCUUGUUUCAUACUGUAUUUUGCAGGGAAUCUUGGGGUCUGGAGUGGGAUAUGUACUGAUGACAUGGUGUGUGGAGAAGAGAGGGCCAGUGUUCACUUCAUCCUUCAUCCCCAUCAUCCAGAUCAUGGUGGCCAUAAUUGAUUUCUUCUUUCUCCAUGAGAACAUCUACCUUGGAAGUGUACUGGGAUCCAUACUGAUGAUCAUGGGCCUCUAUAUUCUGCUGUGGGGAAAGAGCAGGGAUGCCUCGGCCACGGUACCAUCUGUCAAAGAAGAGGAAGAGGAUAAGGAGAAGCAAAUCAAAUCAUGAGGACCAAAGCUAUGGGACUCACAGGCUGUAAAACUAUGGCAUAUAUUCCUCCUUAGUUUCCUACACCUACGUUGUUUAACCAAGAGGAAUACUCCCUCCUUUCAGGUUUAUAUGGCUCAAAUCUGAAAUCUCAUCAACCAAGGUGAAUUAUGAGUGGAUGGCACUAGUUUUAAGUAGCCAAUGAAAUAUUUCUCACAUAUUCAA